AUGAGAAGAGGAGAUGAAAGCUUGGAAAGAUUGAUCGUUGUUGGAAACACUGAAGGUCACGUGGCUGAUCUCCAGCACGAUGUACUGACCAGCUCAAGGACACAGAACCGUAUCCGAAUUUCUGCGAUGUGGUUAGGACCGCUGAAUCAUGGAGAGAUCUCGUUCGUGCUAGAACGACGACCGCCACCCACGAUCAUCAGAGAUGAUGAACAUGACCAGAAAGAAAGAAAGGGUGUAGCAUAUGUAGUU